AUGUCUGAGGCAGACGACCAGGAUAAAGACGCUAAAAGAAGGGAAUACAAUCGAAAUGCUCAGCGAGUAUUCAGGCAGCGGCGGAAAGAACAUAUUAGAAACCUUGAGCGAGCACAAAAUGAACGGAUCUCAAGCCAGACAGAGGUGAUCGAGCAGCUGCGAAUGGAGAACUCAGAGCUUCGCAGGGAGAAUGAGGCCCUGUCAACAUUACCGUCGGACUGCAGCUCCCCUUCGAGACUAUCAGUUACAACCCCCUCACACUCUAGUUCAGGGGAACCAAGCCAUUUUCUGGCCAUGAGCCAGUCCAUCCCCGAUACACACUCCCCCAACGCCCCUGAAACAUCAACGGGCUUUCCCUUCCACCUUAGCAACCCUACAAGCGAGAUUAGCCGUUUGUCUAACCGAUUAUGCAUCUUAUCGCCGUAUGAUAUCACCCGGAUGCGCAGCUACCUACACUCACUCUUCCGCCCAGUCUUAAAUCUUAUUGUGGAUGGUAUGCUGCCAGACCCUCGGAUACACCUUCUUACCCUUGCAGGCUUGGGCCCUUCUCUUUCUUCAUCACUGCAGCCAACAUCUCUACAGCUCGAAAUUCCGCAUAAUGUCUACAUUGAUCUCAUACCAUCACCAUCACUAAGGGACGCGCUCCUGAGGUCUGACUCUACUACUGUAGCUGCAUUCCUAGCAAAUGUAUGUACAUUUGUAUGCGACAUCGAAGACCGCGGACAAGUGACUAUCUGGGGGGAGGAUUUUCUUAAUGAGUUCUCAUGGGAGUUCUCGGAGUCGGUGUUAGAGCAGUGGGGAGGCUGGUUCCUCCCCCCAAUAUGGCAUGAACGGGCGGAUUUUUGGCGUCGCCAGAGAGGCGACUCCCCUUUGACCAUCGGCUGGCCGGUGACGUCGCGCAGUAUUUAG